AUGCUGUUUUUGUGCUGCCUGUUUGGGAUUAUCAUAUAUUCUGUAGCACCGGUGAUAGGUCAAGAAACAGAAAGUUCAGCAGGGACCGGACUGGGUGUACAACAGCAAGAAUCAUCAACAAAUCAGUCAGAAACGACGACGGUGGUCAGUGCUCCGGAAAGUAUUGAAAUACUGCAAAUUUAUGUACCUUCAGGACAACCGAACGCCGUAAAAUUAAUCUGGGGACACAACACUGAUAAAAAGCUCAACUUCACGUAUGGAAUCCAUUAUGGCAUCGACGAAAGCGACCUUGAAUACCCAAAGAAUUUUACCAGCGAGCUGGCGGCCCUCGUGGACAACCUGGAAUACUGUACGAUGUAUCUGUUCGCGGUGAGCGCCGGCAGCGAGAACAAGAUCAACCCGAACAAUGUGCGGGGCAUCGUGACGGAAAUAAACAGGGAACUGGCCCCCGAGAAUUUACAAGUCGAUUUUGAGCCGGGACAAGAGCCCUGUUUACUCAUCAAAUGGUCGGCCUCGUGCGCAAACAUCGGCGAACCCAUCGGCUAUACGAUAUAUUUGUUCGAUCAUAAAGCGAAUCACUCUAUGAACUUGACGUUGCCCAGAACACAGCGGGCAGACUAUAUUUACCCCUUAAAGGUAAUGUACGGGGCGAAGUUCGACAUCAAAGUGUCCACGAACUACCCUGGAGCCAAAACCACGGAGAGUCAGACGUUCAAAGUUCCCGGUUUCCUUCAGCCGUACAAAGUUAAGAUUACGACCAAUCCGGAUGAUGGCGCAUUUCUGAUUUACUGGUCGGAACCGUACGUUCCGUACUAUGUCGGCAGGUAUUACUACGAGGUGUACGUUUACAGAGGUGCCGGAGUGUCGUCGGAUUACGACAAGUUUUAUGUCACCAGACCGGUAAUAACGCAUAAAGGGGAGGAUAAUGUUUAUACUUUUAUUAUUGGUUUGGUUUCGGUCGAUCAAAGGUACCGGUCUUUGCUUACCAACCCGAUUGUAGCUACCUCGAACGGGGACACCACAGAACUAAGUAUAGGCUUUGAAUAGAAACAUAAGUGUAUUGAAUUUAUAACAUUUGUUGACUCCAAUAGUUUUUUGUAAUAAAUGCUUUAAACAAUUAA